AACCAGCAAGGAGUGUGCUAAUGUUGUGGAAGUAUCGAGGCAGUGCCAACCAGCUGUCGAACACACCACGCUCGUUGCGGCCAAAAUGGUGUGCAAAUGCUGCUCUCACCGGAGCUUUGCACCUGUCGGCAGCGCUCCUUUUUGUCAAGCACGAGCUGCACGACGUUUUUACUCCUUACAAACAAUAGUCAUGCAUCGAUUAAGGUUCAUCUACCGCCCUCCAAAAAAAAACCCCAACGCAUAAAAGUCAACACCCAACUUCCCGACCUGCCAAAUACGCGCUGGUUGUUUUCCAUUUUUCUAUUUUUUUUUAGACGGCGGCCUAAAGAAAGAAAGCCAGAAGCCAAAACACGUUUUAAGGAAAGGGCCGCCUUGGAACACUCAGAACUGAUUAAAGUUAUGCGCAGUGAUUGCGCAUAUUCAUAAAAAAAAGAAGAGAAUUAAAAACCAAAAAAAAAAAAAAAAGUUGGACCAAAGUCAGAAUCGGAGCUCUUUGAACGUUGAGGUUCUUUUGGCGCUCAUCGAUUCCAUUUGUUUGGCGAGAGCCCAGCAUCUGUCCAGUACUGAAACCCUCACAAUUUGACUGUCCAAUGUCCCUCUUUGACGACUUUUUCCACCCUGCCCGUCAGUCGGCGACGGGCAAUCCUGUCCUGCGUGAUCCAGCGAUGGUGGAGCCCCACGGCAGUACCAUUGUCCUUGGUACCAGUCCAACCCGCACGGGUUUUCAUCGCCGGACGAGCAGUGGUACCACUCACAUAUCCCAUCAUCGCCGACGUCCAAGUAUGGCACCAGGAAUGGCUCAGAUAGAAGAGAUCGUCGUAUCAGUAGAUGUCCCUUCACGAACGAUCGAGACACAAGAUCCGACCGAGCAGAACAGUCCGCCCCAUGUAGAAACACAGAGUCAACCUAUUCAACCUCACACCCCAGACAGCAUUCUACCGAGGUCUCCUGCAUCUGAGACUGCGGCUCCAGGAAAAGGCUUGCCAUCACCUACCGGCCAGCCAUCAGAUGUGCUUUACCGCGGCAUGUCUCGGGACAGCGAGAUGACAUAUGUAGAUUCAAAACAAACCAAUUACCUUGCAACCAUUGCGUCGAUCUUGGGAAACCGAUCUAGAAAAUCAGACGAUGAUAAUGCCACGGUUAGAACAGCACCCUCGAUUUGGACAUCCAGCCGAAAAUCCAGUUAUUGCUCAACUUGCGAUGGUUACGAUGUGGAAAAAAGUAAAGAUCACCGAUCUGAGCACACAAUUAUCAGUGGAAUCGAUACUGUAGAUCUGUUAAAAAAGCGUGAUUUCUUGAUCAAGCUGUCGAGAGCUUUCGCAAUGUACGGUGCGCCAAGUCAUCGACUAGAGUUCCAUUUGAGAACUGUCUCAGAUGCACUAGAAGUUGAGAGUAACUUUAUUGUAUUGCCUGGUCUCAUCCUCAUUAGCUUCGGGAACGAAGAUCACUCAUCUACCACGCACCUCGUCAAAGCCCCACAAGGUUUCAACAUGUCGAAACUUUCCGCCGUCAAUGCACUAUGUCAUGUGCUCGAAACAGGCGAGAUAUUGAUUGAUGACGCUCUUAAGCGGCUCCAAGAUAUUCGCUCAGAAGCCGAGUACUCUCGUCCCCUCUUCCUGUCUACAUUCCCAGUCGUUUCCUUUGGCAUCAGCAUCAUUGGUUUUGGAACAAAUUGGGUUGAAGCCGGUGUUUCCGCCUUUUUUGGACUGGUUGUCGGUUGUUUAUGUUUGGCGGCUGCUCGCUAUCCAAGCUUCACGUAUUUGCUGGACUUUGCGUCGGCAUUAGUGGUCAGUUUCUUGGCACGGGUCUUCAAAAGCAUUUCCCGUGAUGAGUGCUUCCAUGAAACGCUUGUUACUCUCAGUGCACUUGCGGUGCUCUUACCGGGUCUGUCGCUCACAAUCAGUAUCAUCGAAAUAUCCACACGCAAUAUGGUGUCUGGCACAGUGAGAAUGUUUCAUGCACUUUUUACUGCUAUGCUUCUUGGUUUCGGAAUGUCUGUCGGUCCUCUAUUGUUUGGCCAGCAAGCGAACACCUCACAACCCGCCUACUGCGGCACGAACGACCCCGUCUCCCCAUAUUGGUACUUUUUGCUCUUCCCGCCAAUGUCUAUCUGCAUUUGCAUCUUCUUUGAAGCACGGCCUCGACAAUGGACCAUCAUGACCUUCGUUUCCGCGUUGGGAUUUGUCGCCUAUUACUUCUUGAACCAAAUACCGUCUCUCCGUGCCAAUGCGCAGCUUCCAAUGGUUCUUUCUGCUCUCGUGAUUGGGCUCUCUUCGAAUAUCUAUGCCCGAAUCACCCACGAUGCCGCCGUCGCGCCUAUCCUGGCUGGUAUAUUGUUGUUGGUCCCCGGUAGUGUGGGAGUUAGAAGUACCCUUGGUUUUUUGGGAGCGAAUGCGUCGGAUGGUACGAAUUUCGCGUUUCAAAUGCUCAUCAUUGGAAUGAGUAUCACGAUAGGACUAUUCACCGCCUCCCUCAUCGUCUGGCCUAUCAGGGGCCCCAAACUCAGCAACAUGACCAUUUAGUACCCAAGUCAACACAGAAAAGAGAACCUCAUACAUCCUCGAGAGGGGUUUAAUUUUAAUUGUACAUAUUGAACGGCAGCGGGAAAUGUCUCUAAUAACAUAAUGAUCACGGCCUCCAAUAUUGCGACAAAAGCAAGGAAGCGGAUAUGUAUCGUCCGGAUGCUCCUUAGGUUCUUAGAUGGCCCGCAAAAUGCAAGCGAGUUACCACCGGUAUUUGGGAGAGCUAUAUUCUUAGGGCUCCCGCAAACAUCAUUAUUUACAAAACUAUCGUGUGGCCUCAUUAUGGCUUCGAGCGGUGUUCCUAACUGGAAGUACGAUCGCGGCUUUUUGACGGCCGCGCUGACGGUGUGGGCGCCCUUCCACUGUGAGAUGUGCGCCGGGUAUCAGAGCCGCGCACCGAAUCAUGGUUUGACGGGGGCCUUGCGUUGGAGACUCGGCGUGUAUGGUCUCGUGGAGUUGGUGGAGCCUCUGCAGGCAAUGGUGGUGGCGGCUGGUGGGAGCGUAGCGGUUCUGUAGGGAGAAAAGGGGAGGAACCACCAAGAGGCGGUUGGGAUUGAGUUGUGUGAUUUGCUGUGCUCCAUGGGGCAGAGUGGUCACUGAAUCGGGGGGAUGUUUGCUGUGGAGUCUUAGAGGGACUUGAAGGGGAGGGUGUCACUGGAGUAACCUGACGCACCACGGAAGA